GCAGUGGUUUUGCUCGUCUUGUCAAACGUGCGUUAUUCAGCAACGAGCUGUUGCACCCAGACUGAAAAUUCCAUUAAAAGCAUGAUGCUACGUCAAUACGUUUUCAAGACGUUCCACGCACCCACCUCUUUAGGGUGUUUAAUUGCCUGUGAAGAAGAUGUCAGAUGUCAGAGCUUCAAUUACAUCAUUACCCAAGACAUCUGUGAGCUAAACAACCGUACCAAAGAGGCUCGACCGGAGCAUUUCAUCUUCGACGUAAACAGAUAUUACUACGGAAUGGUUAGGAAAAGAGGUAAAGAGUUUCAAGAUUGACUGUCUAUUAAACAUUAAGUAGACUGUUAGCAGUCCUCUAAUUUUUUGUAAGAUCGUCUGCCCUUAGUUCAUGAUUUGCAACCAAGAUGGCCGCCAUAACAGUUAACACUGACUUCGACGAUCUUACGAGAAAAUAGGGGACUGCAUGUAAACAGUCUAACCAUAGAUUCCCACCAUUGACCAAUCAGAAGGGUGUGAGGAAACAAAAUAAACUGCCCUUUUCCAAUUGCUUUAUUAACAACAAGGCGUCUUGGAAAAAUUGUCGAGAAUUGAGCCGGGAAAGGCUAACCCAUGCAAGUCAUUGAAUAUCUUACAAUAAUAAUUCUAUGAAAAUGACUAUUUAAAAUCCCAUAAGUCGUUAUCCACUAGUCAACGAGAUUGUAAAGGAUGAUUGUUUUAAAAGACACAUACAAAGUGACGUGAUCUCAACGCAACAAUAACAACAACCUCGUGCACUAAAAGUUGACUUGACUGUCUGCUAAAGUUCACGUAUGAAAAAUACGAAAUCUUUGUUCAUUCCCUUCUCAAACUAGCGUCUGCGUAAUUGAAAAUAGAAGUCGUGAAAAGUAUGAAUACCGAAAAGUAUGUAUACCGAAUAUAACGCAUUAUGAAUAUUCUUUCUUUUUCUUUUUGAAAAAUGCAGUUCGUAGGUGGUCAGCUUCCCAUUAUUCAAACACUUAACGAACGGACAAAAAAUUUUGACUUCAAAAUGCAUUAAAGCUCAAGUGCUCAAGUCGAACCACGAGCCCCAAGCAAUUCUGGCCUAAUAAAAUUGAGCGUUAUAAAAUUUUGUUAUUGAACGUUGUCUUGAUUCAUUUUCAUCAUUGUUGUCAGACAUUAACGAGUGCAGUUCCACUGACCGGCUGUGCGACUUAAACGCCAACUGUACAAACACAAUUGGUUCUUACCGUUGUUCUUGCCUUCCUGGUUUCACUGGAGAUGGUAAAAACUGUGCAGGUAAGAAACUGAUCAGAUUUUGGAGUUCCAAUAUCAUAUAAAUGACGAUAAUGUAGCUAUGUUCACACUGCAAUUCGUGUAUUUAGUUGCUGCGUUCACACGAAACCAGCGUAACAAUACGGAAAUUCAGAUGCCUAACCGUUCAAAGUUCCGUAUGAACAAAGAUACCAUAUUGAACGUAGUGGCGGAUCCAGGGGAGGGGCUCAGGGGCGAAAAAUUUUAUUUUUGAGACCACCCCUCCCUAUCUCUCAGGGUCUGGAUGACCGUCCCCGGUCAAUACAAUGUCACAUCAACUAGCUUAGAGUCCAAUGUGUGUAGAAUCUGUGUUAAAUUUCAUAUUGACAUCCAUGUUAUGGUCAAUUGACACUAGCCGUCAGAAAAGGUAUCAGCUAACCAGUAUCACAUGACUGUAUCACGGACACAGGUGCACACCUCAUUGAGGUUAAGUGUUUUCUUUUAAAGUUCUCCGCUGACCAAUUACUGGUUUUUAAUCAGUGUCUAUUUUUCAGGAGGAAUUCAGUUUGCUUCUUCCUCAUGGCAAAAGUUGAACUAUUGCAGAAAGACAUUUCUUAAAAGACACCACGAAAGUUUUCUUUUGAAAUCGGUUAAAUCUAUAUCUUUUAAGUUAAUUUGUGUUCACACAGAUAUAGACGAGUGCAGCGGUGGAAAUCAUACCUGUGACAGAGAUAGAGCUACCUGCACAAACACUAUUGGAUCAUACAAAUGUGCGUGCAAAUACGGUUACGAUGGGGAUGGAGAGACCUGCAUUGCGCCAGGUAAGCAGAGACUAUUGUCGCUCAGUAGAAAAAACUUGAUCGUUGCCGAGCAGUAUUUAUAUUAUUUCUCACUCUUAGGUGUAUAAGAAAGUUUACUCUUUCUCCGUUACAAGAACAAAUAAAUAAAUAAAAACAAGUUGACGGUUGUUACUAACGUUUGUUACUGAGUUAGGGGAGAGUUAACACUUUUCAAAACAGCCUUUGAUGAGCAUCACAGAAUGACGUAUCGUAAAUGUAAACGGACAGUAUAAAGCACUGCUCUUUAAGAGGGACUGUCGCGUGCUGUUAGGUUUCUGCCGAUAUCGAUCAUUAUUGUAAGUGACUUGGCAGUCGAAAGCACGACUGCCUAAACACAAACGAGCAACAAAAAUGAUGAUGUAUACAGCUGAUCAUACUACAAUUUCUGAACUCUAACGGUACGUGCUGUAGUUCUCUCUUGGAUUCCCAUUAAAGCUCUGACAUCUGACAUCUCAGUUCACAGGCAACUAAAUACCCUAACUCUCCCGAUAAGGUAGUUUGCUCUGGUGUAUCCGAUGUCAGCAUCAUUACUACUGGUGAUCACAGUCUAGUUUUUGUCUAUCGCGAGUUGACGAUGGGUACCUUUUCUAGAGGGUGCAACUCUGUAACUUAUAGAAACUUCAAAAAUUUUAAUCACGAUCGCUUUCGUCAUAAUAUUUCCAAAACGAUAUGUGGAAAAAUAGGCUCUUGAAAAUUGUUCAACAAAGCGGGUUCACGCAAAAAAAAUCAACAUAGAUUACAUUGUAAGUCAGAGUUGAAAAACCGAAUGCGAACGAGAGAUAGUUAUAUUAUUAAUAAGCUAAAAGCAAUUCGGUCCAAGAACCCACUCGAUUGGGCUAAAUAUAAGAGUUCGUAACAGCCUGAACAGCGAUCAAGAUCGCAAAAGAAUUUUAUUACAAAAAGUCAUUUAAUGAACACAAAAAUGACUCUUGACUAACCUGGCAGACAAUCAAUGAACUUACCUCGUAAAACACCUCGUCUGUGGAAGAACUGAUCCAUUACCCACUCCAUCAGAUAUACCAGAUGCAUUCACUGAACAUUUUUCCACAAUUCUUCCCAAACUUGCGAGUGAAAUUACUUCUCCUAUUUUUAUGGGCACAAGAGUUGUCUUGAAUAUCUCAACAUAACUGACAAUGUUUAAUUUUAGCCUUGACGAAUAGUAAUCAAGUGUCUUACUUUUGACUAAACUUAGCAAAGCAAAAGCAAAAGGACUUGAUAAGAUAUCUUCGAGAAUGAUUCGCGAAUACAGUAAGAGUCAGUGAAGAGUGUACUGCCGUUUUUUCCCCUAGAGUGUCUCAAUUACCAAGCUAUAACUACUCAAAAUGGAAGAAAGAACACAUACGUCUCCACCACAGCCAUUUGCGAUAAUAAUCUAUUUGGAUGGCACCGAUUUGAAGCAGCCACAGGGACCAAAAUGCCUACUUCAUGCGUGCCUAACAACAGAUGCAACACGCAUGCAACUGGUUGGUUAAACGGCAGUCACCCCACUGUAGCUGAAGGCUUGGUCACCAGGCAGGUCUGUUUUUCCUACUAUGAUUGCUGCUCUUGGUCUAUCAACAUUCAAGUACGAAACUGCGGCGAUUUCUAUAUUUAUAACUUCAUGGGGACACCUCCAGAACAUCCUUGCCAUCUUCGAUACUGUAGCACGGACUGAAGACUCAGUGAUCAUGACAGUGUCGCAAAACAAGGUAUAUGGGAUCAGGGAUCAAAGGCCAAAAAAGGGGUGGGAUAAGGGAUCACAGGCCCGGGAUCUGAGGUCACAAGCCGCUGGAUCGGAAUCAACAGUGCCUCAAAGGGAUCUGUGAUCCAGUAUUUCGACCGAAAAUGUUGAAUUGCGCUUUAAUUGGAGAGACCUGUCAACGUUUAAAAAAACUCAGUUGUAUUUUUCGGCUCAAUUUGUUCUGGUACUAAACCGUAUGUAAUAAGAUUUGCUGGACAAGCUUGACGACUAUGAAAUAUAUUACCAAACAAAUUCUUACAUUUGCCUUUUAGAUCAUUAAACGUUAUAGUAGAAGCAUUUGUAUUGGUGGCUUCGUCAGGGCAUAAUAAUCAUUAAAAUAAUAUUAUAUCUCAUCUUAGUUAUUUGCAACAACAGACUGAUUUUUAGCAAAACUACGUGCUUUUCAUAUUGCUUGCUUGAAAUAUCUUACCUUUGUUAAUGUAUGUAUUAUAGUCAAUCAAAAUCACAUUAAAGGUCCACUUCUGCAUCUGAGUGACUGAAGUUUAUAAUCAGGCCUCCAUUUUGGUUACUAGAAUUUUCGCCAUUGUAUUAUUCAGGGAAACCUGUUUUUAUCUCACCUUGGAAGAGAAUCCACGACAGUCUUGGAUUCUGGAUUACACGCUGUGGAUUUCGGAUUGCCCGGCAAUCCGGAACAACUAGGAUUUCGGAUUCAAAAAAUACGUAGUGGAAUCCGAAUUCCGUGAGCUCUGUCUCGGAUUCCAAAGCCCAGGAUUCCGGAUUCAAGAAAAAAUAAUUUUCCGGAUUCUCGAUUCCACAAAUGAAACCUUUUUUUUUAGGGACUUACCUCUAUUUAUUGAAUAGUCGUGGACGACCAAAAAAAUGGCUUAAAUGGUCAUUUCUAUAGCUAUCGUUCAGUUACAAUGCUGUGUUAAACUAACUCUUACAAUUAGACUCCACUACCAACCACUCCCCAACAUGCUAGACCUCAGAGAUGCUAUAUAACUUCAAGGAAAUGGAGGAGACAAGUUCCCUACAAAGUCUCGAAGAGCCUAAGAACUGCCGACCUUCUUUAUGUAGUGAAGAGGGAAAAAGGACUUUACUUCAAAAAUCUUGGCGGCUUUAACGCCAAGUGGCUAGUAGCCUGAUUUCUUAGACAUUUUGGCGAAUGUAGAAAAUCAGAGACCUACUCGCAUUGUAAAAAUCUUUCGUAAUCCAUGCAUCCUACUUGCAUUAACUACAUACACGAAUGAUGUACUUGAUGUACGCAUAUUAUCCAUUGAAUAAAAGAGCUCUUUCUUGCACUUGAAAAAGAAACUGCUCAUUGCUGCCUGGAUGAUCUGCAAUACUCUUCACGUUUGUUCACACUUGUCACGUUACAACCCGUUACGCCCUCCCCAAUGUUGAUUCAUGCACCCAGUUUUAAACAUACGCGAAUCUCAACAUUGGGGAAGGAGAGAAGAAGUAGACUCGGGGAAAAGGUAAGCCCUCAGUUUCAGUCUCGUGUUUCAACAUUUGAUGAUUAUUGUGGUUUAAUUGUACAAUUUUUGCGCGAGAAAAUAAAUACCGUAAAAUUCCGAAAAUAAGCCCCUCCAUGUAUAAGGUCCUCCAAAUAUAAGCCCCCCAAACUCGUAACGCAGAAAACCCUCCGUUGAAUCGCCCCUCCAAAUGUAAGCCCCACGGCGGCUUGUAAGUUUUUCUUGUACUUGGAAACUGCCCUCAAAUACAAAGAAGCAAAAACGGUAAAUUUCCUUGCAACUAUAAGGCUAGGCCAAUCGAUUUUGAAACGCAAAGUUCCCUCCAUAGAUAAGCCCCUCCGAAUAUAAGCCCCCCCAAAAAUAAAACCCUCAAAAAUGAAAGCCCUGGGGCUUAUUUUCGGAAUUUUACGGUAUAUUCAAGUAUUCAAGGCUUCUUCUCUAGAACGAGGGGACCUGGAGCUAGUUUAUAUACCGACAAUCAUUGGUGGAUAAGAAAAACAAAUAUGGCCGCGCGGCAGUUUGGAGGUUUUGCGGGAAGAGGUUUUACUUCACUGUUUCCUCUUGUAGUGCGUUCUAAAAGAUGGUCUCAGAUCAGAGACUCGACGAGGCAAAAUAUGAAUUUUCAAGCGCUCAUCGAGGUACAAGAAAUGGUCCUUUUCAUGGCCGAUUUGGUAUGCAUCGAACUUGCCUGAGAUGAGAUGAGAUUCAAUGCGAGUGUGAGCUACAAUUGACCACUCGAAUGAUUGUUCCUUAAAUGGACAAUCAUUUUGCAUGGAUUACGGCGUAUCUUGAGCCAAACUAGAAGUCAUGGUGAUAACUUUGGAGCCUCAAACAUCGAACAUCGCGGGAAGUUCAUGUAAGUAUACCAAUGGCUUUUUUAUUUGUUGUUAUAUAAGAGGUACAGCUUUAUCACUACCGGACGUGUCUCAAGUCGUAGUGACGGGAAAAUAUUACUCUAACUUGUGUUUGUUGUAUUUUGAAUUUUUAUUGAAGGCCCAUACAUUUUGUUACACCAUUCUCUCGUCAUUAACGACGCAAUGCGCACGCGCACCGUGUGUGACAAAUGCAGACUGCAGUGUGCAGCCUGCGAAUGUUACACACCAGCACGCGCGUCUGUUAUUUAAACGUUUAUCAACGGUGUAAUUAUUUUUAUAUAAUAGCUAAACUACAUGACAUUGCUUAUGCAUAGUAAACUUAUGUCUGAUGCACGCACUAACAUUCCUGAAUAAAUAAGCACGUAUUCACCCCCCUCCCACCCUCUCCCCCUAUCCUGUUCACCUCAAAAGAAACAAUAUUAUGUAUUUCAAUUUUUUAGCAAGGGUUUAAAAAUGCUCCUUUACUUAGAAUAUCUGAUGUGUUUAUAAAAGUCAUCAUUCAGCCCAUAUAAGGGAAUCCAAGACAGUCUUGGAUUGUGAAUUGAAGCCAUGGACUCCAGAUUCCUGGUACUGGUUUUAGUGGAAGUCCGAUUCCAGACUACAAUAGUUAGUAUGAUUUCGGAUUCUUUGAGCCAUAUGCUGAUUCCAAAGCCUAGAAUUCUGCAUUCCUCAAGCAAGAAAUAUCUGAAUUUUUUACAAGCAAAAAACUUCCCUGAUUCUGGUGGAUUCCUUUUGUAACAAUAAACAUGGUCUGAUGCCAUGCACUUUCAUUUAAAGCUAAUAGAAAAAGUGUGUUGUAGUUCAUGGCUGUCUCUGGUCUUUUGGUUUUAUUUCUGCAAUGGAAACUGCUUCUGACAAAGAACAGUGUCUGCUUCUGUUGCAGUGAUGGUUUGUUCACUUAGUGAAAAUUCUAAAGAGAGAAAGGAAAACAAACAAAAUAGAACAAAUUACACAUUAGCCACGACUAAGGUUUUUGUAAUGUAAAUUUAUGGUGGGAAUAGUAUUAUAUCUGGUGUAUUUUUUUGGUAGUCAUGGCAGUUAAAUAAUAUUGAACUGCAGUAGUUUACACAAUCAGUGAAGUUGAGAAUGAAAUAUGUUGUAAUAUUUUUUUUCAUUCAUUCAGUUUGUUUGAAAUCAUUGGUCAACAUAAAAGCGGACCUCCGGAGCCUGUGGGGUGGAGGGGGGGGGGGAGGGUUGGGUGGAGUUGAAGUGUACCUGUUGCAUCCCCUUACCCUACACGACAGACACCUCUCAUAGACUUCACCUCACUUGCAGAGUCUUAAAAGUGUUGAUAGUGCUAUUUUCACAAGCUGCUAAGUAUAACUAUGAAAGGUUUGAACCCAGGAGUCAUUUCAAAAGUAGUUUGAUGAGUCUUCAUAAACAAUGCAUCACGGCUUAACUGACACACGACCAAUAAGAUUGCAACAUAAUUGACCAAUCAGGUCAAUAACCAGAGUAUAAUACCAUCAAAUGACGUGGUACAACUCACUUUGACUCUGAAAAUGGCUAUUGCACAGGUUGUUGGAAAAUCAGUCACUGUCAACAACAACAGUUCUAUUCAGGACUACGUUCACCAGGACGAUCAAACUUAACCUACUACUAAGUAUACUUGAUACAGAGGAUUGCUGUACAUACAUAACACCAACCUCCUUUUGCAGAACAAAAACAUGAGUUUGAUGGAUUUGAAACUAAAACCAUCAGUGAACCAAUUAGUGUCAGUAAUCCUGGGACCAUAAAAAACACGUAGCGUACAUAUUCACUUUCGCUCAAACCUGAUGAGGAACUAAAAAAUACAAGGAAAUUAAAUAAUGAUACACACUGUAUAAUGAAAAUGAUGAUGAUGAUAAUAAUGAUGAUGAUGAUGAUGGUGGUGAUAGUGGUGGCAAUGAGGAUGAUACAUCUAGAUAGAUUUUAAACAAAGCUAAAUGUAAUAAUGAUAACAAUAAUAAUAAUAAUAAUAAUGAUAAUAAUAAUAGUAACACUAUACAUAUAUAUCUGACUAAAUUGAUGUAAACAUGGCUUCAGUGAGUGUCCACAGCUCCUCAGCUAAGUAUGUCCUUGGUACCAAGAAUUUCACCCUCCUCACUCAGGACACCGGGUAACUGUCUACAACUCCCCCUGAGCUCUACAAUUAUCAUGAUAAUUAUUGUCAGCAGAGGCCUUAUUCAGCUGGCUCAGGCAAAGUAAGAACAAUGUGCUUGCCAGUCAAAGCCUUUAGUAAACACUGCUCCUUACUGAAGGGAUUGUGUCAAAAUAGCCCCCUCUCUACCCCACUAGUUUUGCCCCCCAGGCUUGGGCCACCCACCCACUGUUAGGGCAGUCGUUGGGCUUAUCUGCCUGUGCUGACCAAGUCGCCAAGCCCCCUACAUUUUUGGAGACCACACUGGCCUGAAGCCGGGAGAGGCGAAAACCUAGUGGCCACGUUUUAACAAUUUCAGACAGAUAUAUACUUAACAGAUAUAAAACACAUGUUUGAUUCUUACCCGUUUUUAGGGUAAAACUCUUGGAUUGUCAUAAACAUUCCUCCGCUUAACACCCUUCCAAUGAAAACAAUGAUGGAGAAGGCGGAUCCGCUGGAUUUCUGUACAAAUUUUCAAUAGAUACACUUGUGAUAGUUUCCGGUUCAGUCAACGUCAAUAGGUGGUCGCUUAUGGGAGGCCGUCGCACAUAGAGGUUCGAGUGUAUAUUUUGUUGUACAAAGUACCAUUUCUGAACAUCCCUUUACUGGCGGUAACAGCAGCAAAGGAAGUGGGUUUCUGUGUGUAAUCUGUUUUCCCUAUAAGGGUGUUAAUGGGGUGGUAACUUUUGACGGUUGACACGGUUAAGUGGAAAUUUAGUCCAAGCGUUCAAGUGAAUAUUACCUUCUGAAUAAAUUAAUAAAUUAGUUAUGAUUAAGUCUGACGUGAAGAUGAGCUGAAAUAGUAAGAUUUGAAAUAACUGUACCUUGAAACCUUUUUGAUAGUUAAGAUUAAUCUGCAUUUGUGACCGUUGACGGUUAAAAUAACCUUUUUUGACGGUUGACGGUUGAAUUUUAGGUCGUUUGACGGCUGACAGUUAACCCCAUUCAGGUUGAGACGCUCGAAUAUUUGCUCGUAGACUACGAGCAGUCUCUCUUUUUCUUCAGAUUUAGUAACGGGAGUUCACGCGCGCGCGCCUCUCCCGUCUCGCGCCUUAUGUCACGCGCGUGAUCAGUUUCGUGUCUCGCGCGUUUCGCUCGACGGACUGAGAAAAACAGAGAUACUGCUCGUUGUCUAGUUGGCUCGCAGAGUGUGAUCAUCCUCGAGAAGUGUGUGAUUGCUAUCAUUAUAGUAACAUCUUACCUUAUCUUUCCCAGUAAGUUCCGUUGCAAAUGUUAAAGCCAUGACGUACAUGAUGGACAUGCCGCUUCCCAUCACGAUUACAGGAGCAUAUGUCGACUGUUUGGGAAGAGACGUUUGGGUUUGGAAGAAGCUAAAUACACAUCCAAAGAGGACUAGCAGCGAGGCUGUAAGAAACGUCCACUGAGAAAAAUGAAAAGCAGAAAAGUGAUGAUCAUGAUAAGCAGAAGGUACAAAACUUAGUUAUAAAGCAUACUCUAACUUAAAGGAGCUGUGUCACGGAAUUUACUCAAAAUACAAGGAGAGGGAACUGCCUCCUCCCAGGGGAUACUCCCUAUGAUGGCCUAUAAGGGGAGGCUCCACCCGAAAGGGGUAUCGUUUUCAGGCUUCAGGUAUAUGAAAGGGUAGGGAUUCAGACAGCCGUGGCAAGGCCUCUUAAUUAGUUGCAUAUAAGUUAAUGACCCUCCAAUGAAAUCUUUAAUGCAUGUACUACAUUAACCUUAGGACGAUACCAUUCUAUGACUGGGAUAUUUUUGGGCUAUGGAAUAUGUCACUUCUUGGGAAAAGGGUUAUCAAACUUUAUAUUUAUGAAAAUAUUUUAGACUGUAAGCAUUGAGGUCUUGAAUUUAUGUCAUAGUUAGAACGUUCUUUAAAACGUUGUUUUUACCUCUCUGCACCAUAAAACGUAUACCACUUAUUUAUUUUCUUAUAUCUCUUACAUAUCGUAACCAUGGCAAUGUACAACAAUCACAACACUGCCCGCUUUUGGCUCGUAACGUCGGAAAUUUUUGUCUCCCUAACGGAAUGUUUAAAAUAAUGAUUACUGGAUCGAUACAAAGGAGUACAGAUGCAACGUGAAACAAACAAACAAACAAGCAAACAAAACAAAACAAAACAAAAACAAAAGUUGUAGUAAUAUUCUAUUCGUGUACGGUUUAGACUGCUUGCAGUCCGCCCCUUUUUCUUAAAAUCCAUCUAGUUUUUAUCAAACCUGGCGCGAUUGGUUACGCGUGGAUCAAGGUGGCUCGAUACAGUUUUCCAGUGUCAAUACCUCCCAAGUUUGAGCAUAAACUACGUCGUCAUAAACAAAGUUUUGAAAAAAUUGCCACCACAGUUGUAUUAGAUAAAGAUGAAAAUUUGUUAUGAUCAGGGUUGCAACGGCAUCGGAGUUGUCAUAGCAACGAAAUGACGCUAUUACCUAUUUUACUUGCAGCAGUAUAUCUCCGCACUAGGAACUGUUCUUCCAAAAUCGUUCACGGGAGCUUUUUCCUCCAAUAGCGGCCUCGAUAUUCGUGAAGUUUAAGCGAAAUCUGUAAGAGCGUUAUCGAGAUAUUUUGGGAUGAAGUUUUUAUGGUUAGAAACAAAGUAAAAAAUGGACAAUAUUGUUGUUUGGCCUUUAUCUGUAAAAAAUGAAGAGCUUUUGACAUGCAAUUUCACCUCAUAGUAGUUUCAAUCUUUUUAAAAACGUGUGUGAAAGAUCAUUUAGAUAGCUCCAACCGAUUGCUAAAAAGAAGGGUUUGAUUAGUAUGUAUCGAAGCACUCUUGUUAGCGGUUUUGUAAGCAUUUUGGUCUUCUUUAUCAAAUUAGCGAAUAAUUUUUAAACCGCUCGAUAGAUUUUUUAAAAAAUUUAAGAUUCUUGAGAUUAACCUUCCUUUUAUAUGACCUUUUAGUCUCAAGAUUAUUGAUACAUUGUAAGGCAGUAAAAUAACGGCUACAAUUCGCUACUUUUUUAUUGGAAGUCUCGUUAUUACAAGUGAAAGCCUCUCAUUAUUCAAGGCAUUGUCUCCAAGUUUCAUUUUCACGUGAACAGCAGUAACUCACAAUGCAUUUGACAUAUGCAAAACUGCUAGCUAUUGUUGUGCACGAAAAUAUGAAACUUGGAGACAAUACCCUGAAUAAUGAGAGGCUCACACUUGUAAACACAAAAUUUCAGCCAAAAUAUUAGCGAAUUGUAGCCCUUAUUUGACUGCCUUACAUUGUAUCAAUAAUCUUGAAACUAAAAGGUCAUAUAAAAGGAAGGUUAAUCUCAAGACUCUUAAAUUUUUUUAAAAAUCUAUCGAGCGGUUUAAAAAUUAUUCGCUAAUUUGUUAAAGAAGACCAAAAUGUUUACAAAACCGCUAACAAGAGCGCUUCGAUACAUACUAAUCAAACCCUUCUUUCUAGCAAUCGGUUGGAGCUAUCUAAAUGAUCUUUCACACACGUUUUUAAAAAGAUUGAAACUACUAUGAAGUGAAAUUGCAUGUCAAAAUCUCUUCACUUUUUGCAGAUAAAGGCCAAACAACAAUAUUGUCCAUUUUUUACUUUGUUUCUAACCAUAAAAACUUCAUCCCAAAAUAUCUCGAUAACGCUCUUACCGAUUUCGCUUAAACUUCACGAACAUCGAGGCCGCUGUUGGAGGAAAAAGCUCCCGUGAACGAUUUUGGAAGAACAGUUCCUAGUGCCGAGAUAUACUGCUGUAAGUAAAAUAGGUAAUAGCGUCAUUUCGUUGCUAUGACAACUCCGAUGCCGUUGCAACCCUGAUCAUAACAAAUUUUCAUCUUUAUCUAAUACAACUGUGGUGGCAAUUUUUUCAAAACUUUGUUUAUGGCGACGUAGUUUAUGCUCAAACUUGGGAGGUACUGGCCCUGGAAAACUGUAUCGAGCCACCUUAACUUUGAAAAGAAACAUAAUAGAUUGCUCGCUGUCUAUGUAUACUUUUAAUUAGUACCUUGCUUUUGAACUUCCUGCUGAGUUUGUUUGAGACUGCGCUACCCAGCGUUGCGCUGAUUAAGAGAACAAGGGGAAAAUAGGCCACGGCUUGCUGUGAAAUUAAGCAGUCCAGUAAAGAUUAAUACAACUAGUUGCAAAAAGAUAUCAAAAACUAUCCAAAGGGCAAAUCAAUGCUAGCAAAAUUAAUGUUUAUCACUCCGUCCCUGCUCUAGCCUUUUCUAGGCUCCAAGAUAGAGAAGAAAGGGGAUCGAGAAAAAGAUGCGCGAAAACAGCGCGGGGGCUGGGGAGAGACGGAGAAGUGGAGCCUGGCCGGCUUCGCGAGCGCAGUGCCUAACAAAUAUGUCGAGUAUGUAGAACCCUGGUACACCGCAUCUUUUGACUUUUUGACAUAUUAUGACAUUUUGGCAAGAGAAACGGUUUUUCAGGAAGCGAAGUUCUCCCUUUCCGCAGUUUUCGCUCGAUCGCUAUUUCACUGCUCGCUCGCUAUUUUCGCUCGUCCGCAGUGACCGAGAGCCUGGCAGAGGGUAUUCCUGUUCAAGUCGUGAAGGUUACAACGUUAGAAAUUGAAAGAUCACGGCAGAAUUAGCUAAUUUGAGCCCGAGAAAUGUAACAAGAACAGUCAUUAUUCGUUCAAGAAUAUUUCUCUGUUUCCGAUUGGCUCAGAUCCCCUUGCUAAUUUUUCACAUCCAGCCAGCGUUGGCUUAUUUUGGGAGACGCUUGCGAUAUUGGUAGCAAUGACGUUAAUUGCAGGAAAAAGGGACGGCAAACCAAACCCAUUUGGUUAGUUUAAAUUGGCUACACUGCAUUUGCCUCUCUGACCGCAGCCAUCCUUUGUGUUGAAAUUGAUGUAAUGUGAUUCUUUUCAACACGCAAGAAAGUAAAUCAGGAAAAAAGUAAUAAGUAAGGGUAACGAGGGAAACACUGAAAAGACGUUAGUUUUUCUUACCUUUUCAAAGCCUUGAGUUUUUGUUAGGUACAAUGGCAAAUAGGAAUAUGUUGCAUCCUGCAAAAGGCGUGAACAAGUAAAGAUGACAGCAACCUGUUGAUAAAAAAAUAUCAAAGAAAAAUCCUGUCUUUCAGUGGCUGAAAAAUCACAAAUAUUUAAUCAUAGCCUUGGCUGAUUUAGACGCUACCUUCAGUAUGCUAUAUUGUUGGGAAUUGAAAAUCAUGGGAAAUCAAAUUCCAUGCGGCAUCCAUACAUGCUAAAGCUAUGUGGGAGGGAAAAAGUGCCUAAUUUAUGAGAUGCUGAACUCCUAAGAUUUGAUAACCUCUUUUCCCCACUACGACAUUCUCGCUAAAACUCGUAGUAGAAUGAAGACGACUAUCACGUUUUCCCGCCAAAAUGACGCUGGUUCACGCGCAAGCAUUGCUUAGUAUUGUGAAAAUCUCGUACUCGUAGACAGUUGGCCUCGUCUUAGAAUCGUCUAAAGGUCUGUGCUGUAUUAUUUCUCACCUUCGUUCUUCUGUCUAUAUAUUUUUAUCGUUUCUCCUCAUUUGCAUUUGAUAAAUAUGGCACAUUGUCGCCAAAACGUCAUGUUUUUAUCGCGCUACUUUCUAUGCCCAAAUGUUUUACGAAAUCGUUCGUUAACCGAUCAAAUAUUUGGCCGUCGUGUUGAUCCGCCAGCUGGAGUUAAUGAAAACAAUUUUAAAAGUGGAGACGUUGAUUCUGAAAACGGAGGAUUAUCGCUUUACAAUGUUAAAAAGAGGCAGACUGUACGCCAUCAGUUGAAAAAUAAUGAUCAUCAUCAUGUAAAAUAAUAUAUAUAUGAGGGUUUUCUCAGAGAGUUGGUCUCUGACGUACUCCAGCCAUUGUCUUUGACUCUAAAUAAGGCUCGCCCUUGUAAGGGAAUCCAAGACAGACUUGGAUUUUGGAUUCCACGCCAAGGAUUCCGGAUUCCAGGUACUACAUUUCCGAUUCAUUCUCAGUGGAACUUGGAUUUCGGAUUCCUUGUUAGUAAAAUUCGGAUUCCCAAUUCCAAAGCGAUUUUUCCAGAUUUCGUAAUCAAGAUUUUCUUAUAAGGGACGAUAAGGUGGACACCUCAGCUCUAAACUAGACUCCAAAUUUCUGUGAAGGUGGCGUGACCAUCGCUGUGUUUAGAGGAUAUUAUAAAAAGAUAUAAAAAAGGAUGUGGGUAAAUGGGAUGGCAUUUUUUUGUAGCAGAUUUGUUCUCCGUUAACAGAAGCUGGGCUGCAGCUGUGUGUUUUAACUUCGAUUAGAAUAACUUAGCCAUUAAUGUUUGGCAAACUAACCUUAUAUAGCUUAGGAUCCAUUAGCCAAUCUUUAAACGUCUUUGAAUUUUCGUUCCUAUCACCAGAGACGCUAACGGCUGCCAACUCGCAUUUGAUCACGGAAUCACGCUCUUUUUUUUCCUCAUUCGACCCACGUUCUUCCGGCGCCAGGAACAAUGCCGUCUUCCACGUUUCUGUUUCUGGCGAAGCUGUUAUUUCGACAGGGAAAGCAUCAGGCGCGUUCAAAGCUACAUCGUCGUUAUCGUCCUCUUUCUGUUCGACGUUGUCGCGUCCUUGUUCUUUCUCACCAGAAAAGCUGUGUUUUCUACUCUCUUUGGUUUGUGUUGCACUUGAUAUUGGCGCUUUAUUUGCCGGUUCAAGGCAUGGCUUCAUAUCAUCGUCAUUGACUUUGACCUCAGCGGUAGCGUUUUCAUCCCGGUAUCCCUCGUUUACUAUGGAAAGCGUAUGACCAGAGUAGCUCUCCUUUAUGGUUAGCCCCUCUUUUUUAAUCUCCUUUGACUUUUGCAUUCCAGGCUGAUCGGUGUUAUCGUGCACUUCACAGCUUGUUUUAGUUGGAAUAUCUUUGGCCUCUACUUCAGGCUGGUAGCCUUCAUUGGCUACCCCUUUACUCUCCCUAUCACUGAGCUGUUCUGUUUUUAUUUUCAGUGAUUGGUACGCGUCAGAAUGGGCGCGGUCCGAAUCAUCCUUAAGGCUUGUUUCAUAGGACAUGUCACGGGCCUUUUCCUCCAUCUCAGUGUCACUGGCGUCUUUCUCGUAGCCCUCACUGACUAGGGUCAGCUUGUAACCAGCUUCAGGAAUUGAACAGACGCAGCCAUUAGUCUGAGAGGAGGUCGCACCGGUGUUCUCCUUGCAUUUCUUAUCUUCUUUUGUCUCCAGAUUGUUUUUUUCCUUAGGACUGAAAUAACAUCACAUUUGCGUCAUUUGUGUAUUUAAAUCAAACUGCACCAGUGCGCAGUUUGACUAUUAGACUUUUGGCUUUGAUUACUAACGCGGGCCAUGUAACGUUUUCCAUAUUCUCCUUAAUUCGGGUGAUUCAUUCCGGGAAAUGCGCACAGUUUUGUUCAGGUUAGGAUCUCACGAUGAAGGAUGAACUUGUAUGAAAAUGACCGAUUGGGGUGAGGAGAAGCGAUAUUACAGGCGAUAUCGACUAACAAAAAUGAUAAUAAUGAUGAUGAUGAUGAUGAUGAUGGUUUUGAUGAUGAUGAUGAUGAUGAUGAUGAUGAUGAUGUUGUUGUUGAUGGUAAUGGUGAUAAAGGCUGGUGGUGGUGGUGUGGUGAUGAUAUUGAUAGCAUUGGAGCCCAAAUCACAAUGAUAGAGCCAGGUCCCCUUUCGUUAUAACCUUUCUAUAAUCAAUAAGUAUCACAGAAGUUAAGAACCUCGAUAUGACGAACCUUUGUAUAACGAGGUCUUCGGUAUAACGAAAGAUUUCCUUUAUCCCAGUAAUAGUAAAAUAUAUGAACAAUAGAACCUCCAUAUAACGAAACCUCGUCAUAGCGAACAUAUUUUGCCAGUCACUUGGCUUUUCGUGAUAUCUAGGAUCCACUGUACAGGGUUUAUUCACUAAGUCUAUGAUAACAGAGUAUCUACAGCGUGUAUCUAUUUUAUAUACAUAAUUGCAGCACAAUUUAAAGUAGGAAGCUCACCAUGUACUGAAAUGUGCCUGUUCUAGAUCUGUAUAAUUCUCUUCUUUCUCAUAUUGCAAAACUUUCGCCUCUAAAGUGGCCGAGGACUUGUCUUGUGUUGUCACUUCCUGAUGGGUGCUAGUUUUUGAUUCUUUAGUACCAAUGUAGAAAACGAUUGUAAAUACAAUUCCCGUAACAGUAGCAAUCCAAGUAAGGUGCUGUGAGUCAACAACAACAACAACACUAAUGUCAUUACCCCCAUUAAGGCCCGAUAUCCACACACAAGUUCUCCACUGCGGGACGGUUCUCUUAUUUGGUGUAGAAAAGACGACGGUAUCAGUUCUCCAUAAAGAACUAGAAUACAAGGUGGAAAAGCUUAGGUACUCGAGGGUUGGAGGUUGGUCAUGCAGCCGAUGAUCAGAAUCAAAUUAAUCCGAACUUCCAGUUGGUAAAUAAACCAUCCUGGAAGGGAGGGGAGGGGGGUCUUAUUAACUUUCUUCCCCUUUAAGGGGGGGAUUAGGGAGGGCUUUAUAGGGGAUUUACCGUAUGUUUUAUCAGAAAUAGUUUACCGCAAAUGAUGACACGUCUUCAGGUCCCAGACUCGCUCCGCUAUCCUGUCCCAGAAGCCCCCACGCGAUUAGGUAAACAAAAAUGCCCGUCAAAAAGCUAAAUGCAGUCCUGUAUAAAGGUCAAGAACAAAUUAUCAAUCAGCGAGUUUUCCUAAAAGUGCCAGAAUUCAUCUGGCAACAUCGUAACGUGGGUGUAAUAACAUCUAAGAUGGUGAAUGCUUGAAUAAAGAUAGAAGACGACAUUACGGACAAAAAAUCAAAGACGACGGCGGAACAUUUUGUGUUGCUGGGGGGGGGGGGAGGGAGACUAGUGAAUUGACGUUGAGAGGCCCUUGAAGUAGGGGACACUCUCUCUCAGUAAGUUAAUUUUUGGAAAAUCUCCUCCGAGGUUCUUGGGGCGAGGAAACGGCUAAGACUGCUUUUCGGAGGGGUGUAAGGCAAUUUAGCAAAAAAAACUGGAAAUUAUAAGAGGUGAUAUUCCGAACCUGAUAGCGUUCACUGCCAUUCCUUCUUGGAGUGUCCUCGCGACAGCGGAGAUAACUGAAAGAUGAUUUAUCUCCACCACGCUGAAUGAAACAUUUCCAGCAACCGAUAUGCUGACAUAAUAGGCAAAUUGAGCCCAGCCAACUGUCUUAUGAUUGCUACAGAGGAGGCAUUUGUUGUAAAGAAAUGGAAGUGUAAGUGCCAUGAGGAGCGUUCCUACUAAAUGCCACGACUUUCUUCGACCCAUCCUCUUGGAAAUGAGGGGUAUAUCCACACGGUCGCACAGGUAUCCAAUCAGCAGAGAAAAGAAUGCCUCAACUAUCUGUGUUAUUAACAAAAUCAUCCCUGCCUGGAAAGCUGGUAGCUCGACUACCUGCAUGAGGAAAACUAUUUCAAAGGACAUGUACAGAUGACGGAAAAGGUCGUUGAAGACAUGGCCGACUCCACACGACAAGCGUUGUUUGAUGUUUAAACCUUUUUUCUGAUCACCCGAUCCCAACAUCGUGUACUUCGUUUCGGCGGAAAAAGCGUUCCUUUGUUAAAUAGAUGCGUAGCGCAGUUCACUUUUCUACAAAAACUACCAAAAAAGAAGAAACAAACAGUUAAAAACAAAAACAAACCAAACGAGUGCCGUAGCACAUACGACAGCGGUAGUGGCCUCUGCGGCACACAUUGUACGAAAAUUUCUAAUCUCAAAUACUCGGAAGAUAUGGGGAUAAGAACACUUGGUAUUUGCCCCAGCCCCUCUCUUUUACCCUGGGGAAAGCCGUCGUUUCAGUGGUUACGGAGGUAAUUAUUCUAUGGCUUUAUACUGAAAGGAUCGGUUAGCGGACACUCCAGGGAAACCGCCCAAAAAGUAGCGUUUGUAGAAAGAGCUUGGCGUUUAUGAAAUUGAUCCUCGUCAGCGGCGCCGCUGAUUUCUAGAUUUCUAGUAACUGCUAAGCAAUGAACGCCAAAAUGAGUGUUUUCAAGAGUUUACUCCUGACCAUUUAUAUUUAUUCUUAUUUCGGAAUGCAGUCAAUCGAACAAAUAUAAAGAAUCUAACAAUUAUUUUUUGAAAUUACAAAAAAGGUGCUCCCCUUUUAUCCAAACUUAACUAUAUUUAAUAACCGCCGCCUGGUUAAAAAGGAAGCUUAGUUGGGAGAGUGCCGGUCUGCUAAGCGGGAGGUCGCGGGUUCAAAUCCCAGCCGGACCAACACUCAGGGUCUUAAAAUAACUGAGGAGAAAGUGCUGCCUUCGCAGUGACUUCGGUUAGACUUUCUAGUCUUCUCGGAUAAGGACGAAAAACCGUAGGUCCCGUUUCACAGCACUUUCACUGCAUGAUUUGUUCUUGUGGGACGUAAAAGAACCUACACCACUGUUCGAGAAGAGUAGGGGACGUAGACCCCGGUGGUGUGGCCAACCUCUCCUGGGCAAGGACACACUCAAAUUGGAGCCUCGUUCUGUUGUGUCUUCCGUACCAUAUGGUGGAAGUGAUUAAAUAAAUGAUGAAGGUACUUACUCACCGCUGGGAUGUAAAGAUUAUUUUGUCAAAUAUCUCAGUAUGUUCAUAGACAAGGACCUUUAACUGGAAAAAUUACCUCUGAUCGAAUUUGUCGCUCUUAGAACCAGCAAGACCGUAAUCUUUGGAAUGGUUGUUUAAAUUAAGGCAUUUUACCACUCUCUAGUUUAGUCAAGUUAUACCAGUCUCGUUUUAUCCUCACCUUACAAAUGGAAUUAGCUCUGGGGUCAAACUUCACAGUCUAAUUUAGAAAAGUUACUUCUCCUCCAAAAACGAGCCUUUAAACUUUUGAUGACCUUUUCAAAAGCACCCUCCUUUAUCAAUCUUAAUAUCCGACCUACAAAUUUUCUUUAUGUCAAAUCAAUUUUGAAUUUAUUGAAUGAUGCCUGAAAUAAGCUGGCGCCUGUAAAUAUCCAAUAAUUAUUCAAACAUGUCUCUGAUGUACAUUCCUACAAUAUUUUAUGCCCUCAAGUCUAGAACAACUAAAAAACUCGUUUUUUCAGAUUUUGGGUACGCAAAUGAAACGUUUCACCUGAGAAUGUUAGAGAGUCAAAACUACAAUACGAAAAAUAUUCGAAAAACAAGAACAUGACAUGUCCGCAAAUACUCUGAAGUCUGAUAACUCGUACCUUCGGCAUCUUCAGUCGACAUAUUGUAAUAACCAAAUUUCAGUUCUUUAGCGGUCAUUUCGUGUAUUUUCACAGGUGGUCCAUGCUCGAAAUAACGUUGGGAAAUAUGACCAUCGGCACUGUUGCGUGACUUUCGAAAUAUAACUUGGGAUGAAUUCGAACUAAUUGCAUGGGGGAUGGGGGAGGGAGGAAUGGUUGUUUCUGUAGCCUACGGAUGUGAAAAGAUUUAACUAAAAUUUGACUAACCUCGCUUAAGUUGUGUGUUUCUUCUGGCUUGUGUGGUUCCCGAUUCCCGAUUUUUUCCUCCCAUACAAAUCCCUAUAUUCGAACGCUAAGCAACAAAGCCGACGGUCAUAUUUCGAGCUUGGGUUACAUGUUUUAUUUGCCGCAACUACAUUACUCAGCACCCUAUAUUUUGUCCAGCCUUCCUGUUUUGUUGCUACUUGCGGGUAGUUAACUUAUAUUUGCUCUGCCAAAUUGAUGACUGAAAAAUGCUGAGUUAUGGUCCACAUGCAGUGCACCUGCUUUGUGUGAUUAGCUAGAUGACAUCAUGUGCAAGGGGCAUUUUUGACUGCAGAUGAGUCUUCGUUUCACGCGAUGCUGUUGAUAUUGCUAUAAAUAAUUGCUAAUCAACGUGUGUGUUGUCGGAAGGUACUUAUUUGGUAAUUAAAUAACUGAACACAAGAAAUAAAUUCUCAAGCUAAAUCCUAGAUGGUUUUGGUCGUUCUCCCGGGUAACACGUCACGAAGAUGCCGAGUUCUGGUCGAAAAUGCUCUUGCAGUACGUGGCCAGCUAGUUGACCUAACGUGCAAGGAGCAUGUUUGCUUUUUAAAGUAAAUGGUUGUGUUUCAAGCGGUGCUGUUGAUAUACCGUUUGACUGCAGAGCGAGAGGUCGCAGGUUGAUUCCCGGGGCCGGACCAAUACUUCAGAUCUUAAAAUAACUGAGCAACGUAGGUACUCCCUUUGCCAUGCAAAUUGCUCGCGAUCUUCGCGUGGCUAGGACGACCACGUAAAAAGGCGGCCCCGUCUCCACUAGGAGAAGUAAAAAUAGUGUCUGCCCCAAUUAGUACUUUCGUGCUAAAUACACUGACACUCAAAGAAAGUGCUUUUUUUCUUCGUUUCAAGCGGUGCUGUUGAUAUAGCGCUUUAUAAGUAUGUGUUCUCGAAACAUACCGAGGAUGCGAACUCUAUUUUUAUAUUUGAUACUUAAAGAACGACAUCACACACAUGUGGAAAGUGACGCGAGACGCCGCUUCAUUCAGAUAGACGUUCCAAAAAUAUUGAAACAAGCCAGAUAGACAUUUGUCGGUAAUUACCCGAUGCAUAUGCAGGCGUCGCCUUGAAAUUCGGCUCCAAGCUUUCAGUACAUUAUCGAAUUCCUCGGGUGUACGCUAAAUUACUAAAAAUUAAUAACCCAGCAAUGGGUGGUGUGGUUUUAAACGGCAAAUGGGCAGCGUUUCAGGUCAGAAGCUGAUCAAGGACGCCAAGAAUUUUCAUGGGCCGAACCUAACCGAUAGCUUUUGUACCGGCAAGAAACCAUAUCGGACAGGAAUCAGAGGAACUCAUGCAGUUCACUCACGAGAAUGGUGAUUUCGCCGCGGUUUCUGUGACGUAGUGAAUCAUGAAGCUGUGUACAGGAUAGGUUUCUAUGCCACUACAGGUGUUAAUACUAUACCGGAUUGUAAAUUUUAUGUCGCACUGAAAAGCUAUCCGGUAUAAUGUAGACAUAACUUGAAUUAAGUAAAUAGAAAGUUAGGCGUCUCAAUCAAUUUCGAACGGUUAGGUCCUUUCUUUCCGACUCGACUUAGGAACGCCUCUUACAUACAUGUCGAACUUUUCAUGUGCAAAAUCUAAUUUUCUCAAAGCCGUCAUUCCGCGAACUAUGUCAGUGACUAUGUCAAUGAAACUACUCUAAAAUCCUCCAUUAUACAUUACGUAAUCAAAAACUGUUCGCUACAUAACUCGUUUGAUAUCACAGUUCAUCCUUAAUUCGGUGUACCGCGUAGCUCUAGAAACAUCGACAUGAUUUCAACUAAAGGUUUUUACAUUCCAAAAGGAAAGGCCUAUUACAGCACUCAGUUAAUUGGGUAAUAAAGUGUCCGCAUUAGCGAGGUUGACUUUGUAUGAGAAUCUGUUGAUUGGGCAAGAAACAAGUGUCCGUUGUCCCCAUCAACGGGUGUCCGUAUUAAGCAGGGUUGAGUCUAGAGAAAAUGUAAGGGCUUUUUUCCCCCAGGGACAAAGCAAACUGUCUGUAAUAAUGAGGUGUCCGUAUUAAGCGGGUGUGCGCCUGGAAGCAGCGUUCGACUGUACAAUGUGGGGCACAAAAGAAAGAUGAACCCAUUUCACAAGAAAGGCAUUUGCCAAACACACGACAUUAGGGUUCUUUACAAAAACAUUUCGUUAAAGAAAAAUAAUCUUAAACAAACCUGUCUUCAGGAGCACGGAAGAGACACAAGCUUUUCAACCGAAAGAUGCAGAACUGUUGUGCAUUUUAGUGCCUUAAAAGCUGAUUCAUGACAUGGGGUCGUCUAUUGUGUUUAUGACACCUUGUCUGAUAAUGGGUCACGAAUUUUUUUAAUUGGGGUCAUACGCUUUUUGUUUCUUACCGAAAAAAACUAGACGCUUUCAGUAAAAGAGAAGAAGGUUAGUGCCGCAAAAGGCUGAUUCAUGACAUGGGGUCGCCUAUUGUCUGAAAAUGGGUCACGUAUUAAAUUAGGCCAGGGUUUUUUUUUUCCGAGUUUCCAUUUGAUGCAAAAAACGUAUAAUGUCCUACGUUUUUGUUUCUGAUGAAAAAAAAAACCAACACAUUUUCACUUAAAGGGAAGUACUGUCGGGGUUAAACGCACACGCAGAAGAAGACCUGGCUGAAGCUAUCUUAAUUGCAGUUCAGAUAGCGUGAAUGAAUGAGAGCCCUAAAAUUACGGUUCCGUUUUAAUUAAAAUGGGUCCACUCCAAUGCCUCAACUUUGGCUUUAGGUGGCCAGGAUGGAAAUGGAUCAAAACUAGAAAAACAUUGGGCCAACUUGUUCAAACCAAACUCCUAGCGAUGUAGUCGAAAAAAAAAAUUCCCAAAAGGAGAUAAUGCUUUGUUUUUCCUUUCGUAGAAUCGUUUAAUUUCUGGCAUUCCAAGUACGCAAGGGAUGACUGAGAGUAGUCGUUAUAACUUCACCACAGCUUUGACCAAAAAAAUGUGGAACUCACCGUAAUAUCGCCCCUUGUUCACCCACAGAACAAAUUGUUGUGGGUAAAUCGCGUGAAUAUAAUGUCAAGCACUCGUGACACAUCGGUGACACAUACGUGACGAGUACUAGUGAUGGUCAGAUAAGUUCUACGCAAACAUUUUACCCAGAUAAGAACUGCAAUUAUAAUAAAGCGUUGUUGUUAUUAUUAUUAUUAUUAUUAUUAUUAGAUUUGUUAUUAAGUUUAUGAUAUUAACGUCCUGUUUUGUUUCGUUAUUAUUUAGAUCCGAUAAAAGGCGUAUUUGUAUUAUUACUUAAAUACAACGUGACCUGCGUACUUUCUUUGGUCUCCUUUUGUGACUUUCGUGUUUGUUUGUUUCAAACGAUUGUAUGGUUGUCAUGUUUAUACUCUUUUUGUACUUAUAAGUGGAAUCUAAAGAAAGCGUAAGGUUGGUUAAAAAGUCUCGCCUUACUGAUAGAGCAUUAUGACACUAGAGUCUCGUAGUAUAAAUAAACUAAACUUUACUUUUUCCCAUGCCAAUCAUUUUCCGGCUGUUUUCUUUAUAUUUUAAAUCAAGUGAUCGGCCAUCUUUAUACAUUCUUCUCGAUUCAGUCGGACAUGAGAGCCUUUCAAUCGCCAUCCGCACCAUCUAAAUUUGCGCAGUACUAGUGAAUAUAUAUUAGCUGGUUAAAGUGGACGGAAGGUGUUUUAUUUACCUUCAAAAACUCUUUUAUUUCAGUAAUAAUUAAAAACAAACAAACAAACAAACAAAAACAAAAACAAGAUAAAUUAAUGUUGAGUGAGUGUCUUUAUAUUUGAUAAAGACACGGCUAAACUUUAUGUCUAAUUUUUAGACCAAAAUAACCCCAAAUCUGAAAUCAGUGCAAGAAUGAGUUGAUCUAUAUUGGAGAUUUUGAAGCCGUUUUCAAAAAACUCGCAGUCGUGUAUUAUCGCCCCGUAACAUCCGUAUAUUACUGAAUCGCAUUAUCGCUAUAGAAUAAGGAACUUAAGAAAAACUACUUGAGAAAAGUUUAGCUAGGAGGCCAGUGUAGUCGUCAAACCUUCAUGUUAUUUUUAUUUGUUCUUUUACUUUGUCCGUUUGUAUGUUUUAAUCGCGAUCGUCAUGUGAAAAUAUUGUCUUAUUACGUUUCUUUUAGGAGACAUACUUAUUUCAGGGGCGGAGCUAGGGGGAGGGUGCAGGUGGUGCGUGCCCCCCCCGAGAUGACCUGAGGUUUUCUAAUACAACUGGUAUUCUGCAAAAAAAAAAAAAAAACGUGGUUUACUGGUGUUGAAGUAGAGCAAUAGACGAGUGCACCCCCUCCUAAAAAAGAUCCUGGAUCCGCCCCUGUAUUUUUAAAGCUACUUAUAAGGUAUCGGCCAAUAAAAUGCGUUAACCAUGAGAGGGGUGCUUAAUUUCUACUACGUUUGAAAGCGUUCAGUCGUUUGAAGGUGACUUCAAUUACUUUGGGCUGACAACCAUGUAUACGACACCAACACGGCCAUACGAAGUCUACUUUGAGCUGCAGCCCGAAACAAGAAUUAAUGAAGUAUACGAAAACGUCGUUGAGGACGAGUCUGCGACUGAUGUAGGAGUACAAAGAGGUAAUGUGGGAAAUACCAAUCAAGAUAGCCGCAACAGAAGACAAGCGCCGCCAAAGACGUUGAAUGCUUCGAGAAAAGAUGUCCGGAAAAUCCAACGAAUGCAGCUCUUGAUGGUUGUCGCUGUGGUCAUAACUUUCCUGACGGCAGUAGUCACUUUGGUUUUCGUAAUCACGAUGAAGUGGCCUCGAAACACUCCAGCUGCUUCGAAACAAGGAGCAGAAGAAGGAACUAUACAAGGUAGGAUGGCAAGCGAGUCUUAUACCUAAAUAUAUGACCAGAGGAUACGUGAGAUAUAGUUCGCGGUGAUUUGCAAGAUAGUAAAAUGGUUAGUGGCAUGAAAGUGCGAGACUUUUGAGGGAGAAAUUAAAGUUAACCGUGAGACAGACCGGAUAAAAAUUUUCAGAGACUGGCGUUUUUGUAGGUACAAUUCGUCGCCACUAGCUGGUGACCAUGCAACCUAACCCCUCUUCAAAUCUAGAAUAUGCAGUAACUACCUGCAAAUAUGAUUGCCUUUGUCUCCAUUAACGUUUGGAACAUUUCUUGAAAUAAUAACGUAAAACUAUGCGGAAAUGAAUUCAGUAUAAUUAAUGUAAUUUUCUUAUUAACACCUAGAAAGAAUGCACGUUUAGUAUUUAUUUCUUGGCACUGUCAUUAAAUCUUUCCUCUAGAACCCGACUAUCCCUAGGAUCAUAUAUCACGUGAGACUUUUUGCAGGGUAUUUGUAUAUUGUAUUUUAUUUUUACUCCAUCCUAUAAUACAUUAGUUGUACAAUAAUACAAUAGUUGUACAAUAUCAAUAAUACAUUGGUUGUACAAUAUCAAUCGGUACAAAGUUGCUUAAACUACGUGUACAUAAUAAAAAUAAUAAAAGAAGAAAACUAGAAUGGAGAAGGGCACCAUAAUAGUAAAACUAAUCAUGGCCCUUUAACAAGAUUGACUUUAUUCUUUUGUAGUUUUGUUAUUCAUUGAAACACAAACACGCACGCACGCACACACACAGCUUCAAAAAACGCGGCCAUCAUCAUCGCUGACCGCUGACCGCAGGG